AUGGCGUUUGCUGGGAAAAAUAUCAGUUUGUCCCAGCCGGAUAUCACGCAGAAACUAACGGAGCGCAUAGACGACCUGAAGCAAAAGAUCGCUGCUUGGGGGAAGCGGAUUCGACGAUUUUCCGAGGGGUCAAGGCGGUUCAACCAGAAUCGUCUUUUCCAGAGUGAUCAGAAGAGGCUCUAUAAAUUAUUGGAGCGACCAAAGGUAUGUGGAGCGGGCCAAGGACCGGAUCAGGCUGACAUUAUCGCAUUCUGGCGUGGCCUGUGGUCAGAGCCCGUAAACCACCUUGAGGGCCCUUGGAUGGAAGUUGUGGCGAGCCAGGGUGCGAGUGUUACGCCUAUGGACCCAUUCACCAUAACGCCAGAAGACGUGGCUGAGGUGCUGGAGCCAUUUCUAUCCGUCACUGAGCAAAACCUGGCAGACCGAGUUCGGUACAUCCUGCGCUCCAACAUAUUUGGUGACGCCGAACUCGAACGACUACGACGUGAGGCUGUUCCCUCAUCGGAUGGAAAUGCUACGGCUGGGAAUGCGGCGCCACUAAUUGCGCAGCAAACUGCUAAUGUGGACGCUGCCGUCAAUAUUCCAUUUGUGGCUGAUUCAGACGAUGAUGGAAUAGUCCCCCACGAACUAGAGAAAAUGAGGAGCAUAUUGGAAGAGUCGAUGCUGGAAACGCGCAGCAUGCCUCUCGAAAAUCGACCGCGACUUCCCCGCAUACCCCUUAGCAAGCGAAAUCGGGCUGUCGUGCGGGCUCUUAACCCAAUGCUGGUGACCUAUUUGGAAGCCAGCCGGGACCUUUGCGAGACGGACUCAAUUCUUUUUGGCGCCGCACUGGCAGUAUGCCGUAUUAUUGGCGCCAAACUUCCCAUGGCUGGACGUGCUACUCAACAAGGUAGUGCCAUCCCAGCCUGGAGAAAAAGAAUCGAGGACCGUAUCGCAAAGGCAAGGGCCCUUAUCGGCAGACUGACAAGCUUCAGGUCGGGUAAUAUUAGACCGAGAGUUGUGCGCACCGUUAGAAUGGCGUUUGCUGGGACAAAUAUUAGUUUGUCCCAGCCGGAUAUCACGCAGAAACUAACGGAGCGCAUAGAUGACCUGAAGCUAAAAAUCGCUGCUUGGGGGAAGCGGAUUCGACGAUUUAGCGAGAGGUCAAGGCGGUUCAACCAAAAUCGUCUCUUCCAGAGUGAUCAGAAGAGGCUAUAUAAAUCAUUGGAGCGACCAGAGGUAUGUGGAGCGGGCCCAGGACCGGAUCAGGCUGACACUGUCGCAUUUUGGCGUGGCCUGUGGUCAGAGCCCGUAAACCACAGCGAGGGCCCUUGGAUGGAAGUUGUGGCGAGCCAGAGUGCAAGUGUUACGCCUAUGGACCCCGUCACCAUAACGCCUGAAGACGUGGCUGAGGCGGUCCGUAGGGCCCCGAACUGGAAAAUUCCGGGGCUCGACGGGCUGCAUCAUUACUGGCUGAAGGGAAUUUUAAAUAUUCAUCAAGAUAGACGAACGGAACCAAGAAAUGAAACAAACGUUAGUAUUUGUAAACAAGGCAAAUUUUCAUCGGCCAAUGCGAACAAACAUUCACAUGGAAAAACGAGCUAUGUUGUAACCAAUUCAAUCAUACUAUUAUGGAAUGAAAGUCAAACUCAAUAA